UUUGAGAAGGAAGGAGACCAGGGCCCAAAUGUCAUUCCAGCUGACAUCACUUUUGUUGUCCAAGAGAAACUCCACCCGAGGUUUAAAAGAGCCAACGACAACCUCGCUUACGUCGCCACCAUCCCCCUGGGAAAGGCGCUGAUCGGUUGCACGGUGGGCGUGAGGACGCUGGAUGGGAGGCAGCUGAACAUCCCCAUCAACGACAUUGUGGACCCCAAGUACUGUAAAGUGGUGCCAGGGGAGGGGAUGCCACUGCUCCAGGACCCCCAGCGCAAGGGUGACCUCCUCAUAUAUUUUGACAUCUCCUUUCCUAAGAAGCUCACGCCGGACCAGAAAACGCUCUUGAAAAGCGCCCUCCUCUCGUAG